UUUUGACUUAAAAAAAAAAAAAAAGGAAACUGAGAACUUCCAGUUAUUCUCGGGACUACUGGAAGAAAUUUGUUCUCUGUCUUCCUACAAAGAAGAUACUAAACUAAUUAGGCUUAUUUGGUAUGUUAAAUUACAUGGGAAGCAUUGUCAAAUAAGUGAUGGUAAACCUUCUUAGGUGGUAUUAUGUGGGUAAAUGUUAUUGAUAUAAAUGUUUUAAAAAUUAUAUAACCUUCCUAAAAUUCUGAUCUGUCAUGGUUGUCAGCCAUAAUUCUAUUUAUUAUCUUGAAGUGUUGUAUGUCAUAGCAAUAGCCAAGUUUCCUUGUCUUUUGCAGAUAGUUGUUGUUUUACUCUGAUGUUUUUACGGAUGUAUUUCAUCUUCAGAGAGAUUCAUGGAAAGGACACAAUCUAGAAUACAAGUUUCUGAUAAACUUUCAGAUUAUAACACUGAACAGGGUAAGAAAUUACAGAACUCUAAUGGAGAAACUAAUGACUUCAUGAAACUGCUUACAGAAGAUCAAGAUCAAGAGUUGAUUACAUGGGACUGGAUGAACUGAUGAGGAAAUUUUUUUCUCUUUUCUCUCAAGCUAACUAUGACUUAUAGCAAUUUGGUAAAUUAUACUUUUGCAAGCAAAAUUGAAACUUUUAUCUAUUUCUCCCUACCUGAUCCCUCCAGAAUUUGGAAACUCUUAGUGAGUGAGUGAGUGAGUGAGUAUUGUUUUCAUGGCAAUGUAGUUAUUUGCAUAACUGCACUAAGAAUCUGUUCUUUGCAUAAGUGCAAUAUAGUUAUAUGCAUGAGUGCAAUAAGAAUCUGUUCUCCUUAUAACAGGGCACAAUUGGAAACAUUGGUUAUAUUACCAAAGCUUUGACUGGAAUGUCAUAUUUGAGAGAAACAUGCAUAGACUCAGAUAUGACCAGACAGCUUUUGAGGAAUAAAGGUUGACUUUAUGAAAUAAAGCCACUUGGAAAUAUUGGCCUGAUACCUUGUACCUGAUACCUAGCAACCUUACCAGGAAUCUGGAAAAUGUUCCCCAAGAAGAAGCCCAUUAGUUUGGAACUGAAGGAUUCCUUUGCAUCAGAUACUAAGAUGAAAGAAUCACUGGUAGAUAAUGAAUGUGACAAGGCAGUGGCACCACAGCUAGGGGAGCUAAAUGAAAUUAAGACAGAACCCGACAAUUCUCAGGAGUAUUGUCAAGCCCAACAGCCCAAAACUCAGGAGAAUGAACUGAAAAUAAAUUCUGCGUUUUCAGACAGUGCUUCACAGUUGACUACUGGCAUUCAGCUUUCUCUGGCAUCAUCUGGCAUGAGUAAAAUGCUUCCUUCAGUUUCAACUACAGCUAUUCAGGUUUCCUGUUCUGGUUGUAAAAAAAUUCUUCAGAAGGGGCAAACAGCUUAUCAGAGGAAAGGGUCUAGUCAGCUUUUCUGCUCCACACCGUGCAUCGCUGAAUACAUCUCAUCUGCCAAUUCACCAGCAACUCCCAAGAGAACUUGUUCAAACUGCUCAAAAGACAUUUUAAAUCUAAAGGAUGUGAUCAGUGUCCAGCUGGAAGAUACUACCUCUAGUAAAAAUUUUUGCAGCCAAUCUUGUCUUUUGUCAUAUGAAGAAAAAAGAAAACAAUUUGUUACCAUAUGUACUAAUAACAUUUUAACCAAGUGCAGCAUGUGUCAGAAGACUACUGUUAUUCAGUAUGAAGUAAAAUACCAGAACAUGAAACAUAGUCUUUGCAGUAAUGCCUGUUUUUCCAAGUUUCACUCUGCUAACAACCUCAUCAUGAACUGUUGUGAGAACUGUGGCGCUUACUGUUACAGUAGCUCUAUUCUGUUCCAUAUACUUCCGAUGGAAGGACAGUCUCAUUACUUUAGUAGUUCAAAGAGUAUUACAGCAUAUAAGCAGAAACCAGCCAAAACACUUACAUCUGUUCUUUGCAAAUCAUUGAAGCCCUCAGAUGAAAUGAUUGAGACUACCAAUGACUUGGGGAAGACAGAGCUUUUCUGCUCUAUUAAUUGUUUCUCUGCUUACAGUAAAGCUAAGAUGGAAUCUUCUACAGUAAAUGUUUCCAUGGUGCACGGUGUUUCAACGGAGCUCCUUUCUCCAAAGAAAGAUACAACUCCAAUUAUAAGCAAUAUAGUGUCAUUGGCAGAAACUCAUGUUGCCCUGCCCAUCGUGAACUCUGAUGUCUUACAAGGUACAGUUUCUUCAGUAACAGCAAAUGUCAUUGCAGAUAUUUCUAAGAGUUCACCCAGUGAAUCAAAUAGUACUGUUGCUAAUAGUAGUGUGGAACAGCCAAGCCUUUCACCGUCUUCAUCAAUACUCGGUCAGCGUACAGUUGGCUCCAGUAUAGAAGUACAAAAAGAUCAAGUGUCAAAACAAGAUGCUACAUACAGUAUGAAAUCUGUGAAAAUAAGUGAUGGACUAUGUCAUCCAAAAUUUACAUCCAAAGUACAAAAAGUUAAAGGUAAAUCACGAAAUAUUAAAAAAUCUUGGCGUUCAAAUUUGCAGCAUUUGGGAAACAGUUUUAAAAAGGAUGUGAUAUUCUGUUAUUCGUGCCAGUUGUUCUGCGAAAAAAAAUUUAGCUGUGGAGGAGAGUCACUUGCAGCCCAAGGAAUUUCUAAUUGGAAAAAAACUCUGGAAAAAUUCAGAAAGCAUGAAAAAAGUGAAAUGCAUUUGAAGUCAUUGCAAUUUUGGAGGGAAUACCAAUUUUGUGAUGAAGCUGUCAAUGCUAAUUUACCUAUUCAUGCAAAAAAGAUUGAAGAAAAUAAAAAGUACCUAAAGCUUAUAAUUGAAAAUAUUUUAUUUUUUGGAAAGCAGUAUUUACCCUUAAGAGAAAAUGACCAGUCUGUUUCAUCUGUGAAUAAAGGCAAUUUUUUAGAAUUGGUAGAAAUUAGAGCAAAAGAUAAAGGAGAAGAAAUAUUUCGACUUAUGAAUUCACAAGUUGAAUUCUAUAAUAGUACACAAAUUCAGAAUGAUAUUAUUGAAAUAAUAAAGACUGAAAUGUUGCAAGAUAUUGUGAAUGAGAUCAAUGUCUCCUCAGCUUUUUCAAUAAUAUGUGAUGAGACAAAUGAUAGUGCUACUAAAGAACAGCUUUCAAUUUGUGUAAGAUACCCACAAAAAACAGCAAAGUCUAUCUUAAUUAAAGAAAGGUUCUUGGGUUUUAUAGAUGUUGAAGAGAUGACUGGGACCAAUUUACAUAGGACUAUCAAAACUUACCUGCAGCAAAUUGGAGUUGAUUUGAAUAAAAUACAUGGCCAGGCCUAUGAUAGUGCCACUAAUUUGAGGGGAAAAUUUAAUAAAAUUGCAGCAGAAUUCAAGAAGGAAGAGCCAAGAGCUUUAUACAUACAUUGUUAUGCGCACUUUUUGGAUUUAGCAGUAAUUAGGUUUUGUAAAGAAGUAAAAGAACUCCGAAGUGCUCUAAAUACUCUCAGUUCUUUGUUCAACACUAUUCAUAUGUCUGGGGAAAUGUCUGCAAAUUUUCGAAACAUUUGUAAGCUAAGUCAAAACAAAACAUGCAAGAAACAUACAUCACAUUCAUGUUGGACAGUCCAUGAUCGUACGUUACUAUCUGUGAUUGAGGAUCUUCCAGAGAUUAUUGAAACACUGGAAGUUGUAUCAAGCCAUGCUUCAAACAAAAGUUUGGCCAAUGAAUUGAGUGAUUUGGUGACAUCGGUUUCCAAAUUUGAAUUUAUCUUUUGUUUGAAAUUUCUUUAUCGAGUGCUGAGUGUUACAGGAAUUCUUUCCAAAGAGCUUCAAAGUGAAACCAUAGACAUUUUUUCUUUGUCUUCAAAAAUAGAAGCAAUUUUGGAAUGUUUAUCAUCUGAAAGAAAUGAUGUCUAUUUCAAAACUAUCUGGGACAGAACAGAAGAGGUAUGUCAAAAAAUAACCUGUAAAGGUUUUGAAGUUGAAAGACCUUCUUUUCAGAAAAAAAGAAAAAUUCAGAAAACAGUAGAUCUUGGCAAUUCAGAUAGUAUGUUUUUUCCUACCUCAACAGAAGAACAAUAUAAAAUUAAUAUUUAUUACCAAGGAUUGGAUACUAUAUUACAAAAUUUAAAAUUAUGUUUUUCAGAGUUUGAUUAUUGCAAAAUGAAGCAAAUUUCAGAACUAUUAUUUAAAUGGCAUGAACCAUUAAAUGAAGCAACAGCCAAACAUGUCCAAGAAUUUUAUAAACUUGAUGCAGACAUCAUUCCAGAACUUAGAUUUUACCGGCAAUAUGCAAAGCUCAACUUUGUCAUAGAUUAUGAUUGUAUCAACUUCAUCAAUCUUGGCUAUUUGUUUAUUCAGCAUGGUCUUCACAAUAACAUUCCUUGCAUAUCAAAGCUAUUAUAUAUUGCUUUGUCUUGGCCAAUUACUUCAGCAAGCGCUGAAAACUCAUUUUCUACACUGCCUCGUCUUAAAACAUAUUUGUGUCAUACCAUGGGACAAGAGAAGCUUAGUGGCCUGGCCCUAAUGGCUGUUGAGCAGGAAUUGGUAAAUAAACUGAUGGAGCCUGAAAGACUCAAUGGAAUUGUGGAAAAGUUUAUCCAUCAGAUGAAAGAAAUGUAAUACUUUCUAAGUUGAAUUUACCUAACAGAAUUUUGUAUUUCUGUUGGACUGUUACAGUUUUUAUUUCAAAAUUUUGUCUUUUAAGAAAAAAAAUUCUUUCAUCAGAAUAUGUAACAUUCACUUAGUUCAAAAUUCAGAAAACAUAGAAUGAUAUACAGUGAAAAGUUUCCUUCCCUUUUAUAAUACCCAGUUCCCCCUCCCUGAAGUGUUAUCUGUUUCUCAAAUAUCCUUCUGGAGAUAUUUUUCAUAAAUGGUACUGUGCAGUGCACACUGUUCUUCAACCUGUCUUUUCCACUUAGAAUGCUAUUUUUGAGAUUGUCCCAUAUCAGUACAUAAAGAGUUUCUUGAUUCUUUUUUUUACAACUGCAUAAUAUUUCUUUGUAUGGAUGUACCAGAAAAUAUUUGAGCAAUCCCUGCUGACAAAUAUUUUCUUUCCAAUCUUGCUGUUGUAAAUAGUGCUGCAUUUAACAACCUUUUUCAUAGAUCAUAUUGCACAUGAAUGAGUUACUGUAAGAUAAAAUUUUAAAUUGGAAUUACUAGGUCAGAAGAUUUGUGCAUUCUUUUUUUUGUGUGAGGAAGAUUAGCCCUGAGCUAACUUCCGUUGCCAAUCCUCCUCAUUUUCCCUGAGGAAGAUUGGCCCUGAGUUAACAUCCAUGCCCAUCUUCCUCUACUUGAUAUGUGGGACGCCUGCCACAGCAUGGCUUGAUAAGUGGUGUGUAGGUCCGUGCCCGGGAUCCGAACCUGCAAACCCUGGGCCACCAAAGCGGAGCGCGUGAACCCAACUGCUACACCACCAGGCUGGCCCCUGUGCAUUCUUAUUUUUGAUAGAUAUUGUCAAAUAUCUUUCUGUAAGGAGUCUGCCAGUUCACAGUCCCACUACCAAUGUGGGAGAUUGCCUAUUUCCUGGAAUCCUUAUUAAACAGUGUUAUCGAACAUUUUGAUCUUUGCCAACCUGUUAGUUGAAUAAUGGUAUUUUAACCUCUGGAGGUUAAAUCUCAGUGGAGUUUUGUAUUUUCACUUAGGAAUAAGGUUGGGUAUCUGUUUGAGCCAUUUGUAGUUCUUUUUCUGUGAACGGUCACAUUUAAAUGUUAAAAUUCUAAACCUUGCUGUGUUUUUGGUUGACACAGUAGCUGCAUGACACAAUAGGAAUUCUUAACCUACUUUAUGAAAAUAUAACUAUUUUUCAAAGAAUGCCAAAAGAAAGGACUCUUUUUCUAUCUUUAUACUUUAGAAAAGUUUAGAUAACAAAGGAAAUCUGUUCCUCAAGAUUUGAAAGAAUUUAGUGGUAGAUAUAUCUAGGCCUGGAUUUUUUUUUUUCGACGAAAACUUCUCUGCCGCUUUUUCCCUUGCUGUAUCUUUCUCUCUCUCAUCAAUUUUUGUAAUUUGUCAUUUUUCUAGAAAGAGCAUACAUUUCAUUGAGGCUUUCUUUUAAAUGUAUUUGCUUAGAGUUGUAGAAAGU